CUCGAAUCGCGUUUCGCAUUUUAUCUCAGCCCGGCCCCGUGAAGAAAUAGCAAGUUUCAUUGUUGCUUCGAUUAAAAACUCUUCACGUUUUAAAUACAUUUUAUAACUAACAAAAUGUUCAAAAUACCAGUGUCGGGCAUUCUAUUGGGCACGAGCAAAGUGUCCCUGAAGUUCUUCGUGCCCAGCAUCGGUUUGCAUGCAUCGGCGCCAAUGAAACUAAAGGAAAUCCACACGAACAAGGUUGGUGGCAAGUUGAUUAUUGAAGGAGCUUUCGUGCCAUCUCCUAGAAAAGACCACCUCAUUCCGAAUAACAGCGAAUGCUGUUCGUUGUGCAAUCUCGGCUUGAACGUCAAACACACGGAUGUAUUGAUUCUUAGUCAAUUUGUACGACCUGACGGUUGUAUGAUGCCUCAACGAAUUACUGGCCUCUGUAAAACCCAGCAGAAAAGAAUGUCUAAAUUGGUGUCUAUGGCGCAUAAAGCAGGUUUAAUGUGUAAUUUAGCUCCAGCAAAUAGCAAAAAGGAUACAACUAAAAGAAAGUUAUGGAAAAAAUACAAUACAUACUUUGAUGAAUCCACUAUUAAAGUGUACGAGAGUCAUUUCAAAACAAUCAAGGAAAACAUUAUACUUGACUACAUGAAAUCAAGAAAUUCAGAAAAUUAAUAAAUUGGUAAUAAUCAACAAUAUUGAAACUAAAGAGUAGGUAUUCUGUACUUUUUUUCUUGUUAAAACAAAAUAUUUGUAAUAUAUAUGAAACUAUUUAACUAAGA